UUUAUUAUCUGUAGAUAAACCAUAUAAUGACUGUUAUCGAUUUUUCGUUGUUAAUUGUUAUCAGCAUUUGACGUCACUGAUAAGAUUUUGACAUUUUCCACCUUGCAUGAAAUUUUGAGUUAACAUUUAAUAGUAAAUUAAACAUUAAACAUUAGUAUUAGUGUUUAGUUAUUACUGGAUUUUUUAAUUUUUUACGAAUAAACCUAAUAACGUUCUACAUCUUAAUACCUACAAUACCUACUUUAUUUAGGGAAGAAAGUUGUCUAUUGUGCGAUCGUCUAAAAGCAUAAAAUAUGUUAUUGGUGCUAUUAUGGAAAGGGCUGUGACCAAAGAACCUAUCUGGCAAAAGUGCAGCUUUUGCCACAAUGCCACGUUCGAAAAAUUGGAUCAGUUUGAACGGUGAGUAGGUAUAUCUAUGUCAAAUGUCCAUAAGUUGUGGACUAUAACUUACUGAUGGUCAGUUUUUCAAUUAUUGAACUGAUGUACAUUUCAUUUUGAUUUUUAAGGUACCAAUUAUAUGAAAUGAUAUAAAGUGUUAAAUUUAAUUGAAAACUAUUAAUUUAAUAAUACAUAUUACCAAUACAAUAUACCUAUUGUAUUUUUUGACAUUGGUAAAUAAGUAUGAAGCCUUGAAACAUGGUGUAAACAUUCAUUUAUACUCAAGGUUAAUUGGUGCUAUUGAUAAUUUUAAUUUACUUAUUUACUAAUUUUCAAUUUGUAUAACAAGCUAUAUGCUGUGGACAAUUCAAACUAAAUUCUAAUAAAAUACAAAUUUUUAAUUUAAAAUAUUAAGAUUAUGAGAACCUCUGAGUGAAAAGCUUAAGAAUUAUGUUAUAAUUAAAAAAAUGUUAAAAUGUAUAUAUAUAUUUUUUUUAAUUUAAGCUUUAUAUUUAUUUUUGUUAAGUAAGGGAAACAAAAACAUUAUUAAUAUAUGGUUAGUAUUUAUCCAAAAAUAUAAUGUAUUGACUAUGUAAUACAUAUUAUUUUUUUGUUUUGUUAAUAAUGUUGUUAGUACUUUGAAUCUUUAAAAUUUUAACAAUAUUAAAAUUAUUUUAUAGACAUUUGUACAAUGUGCACAGUAGAAGAAAAGAUAGUCAGCACUUUUGUGAGUAUGGUACUAAUGGAAUCUGUAAUACGUGGAAUGGAAAAACCGCUAAUGAAUCUGAUUAUAAAAUACAUGUUGUACAUGACCAUGCUUUUCGAACAAUUUCUUGUGUCAUGCCGUAUCGCAAAACAUCAGACAGUCAACGACCAACAGAUGAAUGGAAUUUUUACUCAGCAUCUCAGAGUCUUGCUACUGUUUUAAAUGAUCCCAGACGGUCACGAUCUGUUAGUUUAAAACUAUAAAUAAAAAUACAUUAUUUUAAGAUGCCAAUUUUUUUACAGUUAAAAACAAAAUUAGAUUUUCAGGCAUACAAAAAAUAUACAUAUUUUAGUGUAAAUACAUACAACUGAUAUAUUUUAAUAUAUACAUAAAUUAUCUUUUUAGAAAGAUUUCUUUACCAAGAUAUGGGGUGAUAAAUUCACUGAUACAAAUCCAAUUCCACCUCCUCAACAUUUGCCUAUAAUAAGACCACAACAUUUUCAAACCUAUCUCAAACGUAUAGCAAAAGUAUGAAUUAAUUUAAUUGUUAAUAAUUAAUAAUUUUAAUAUAUAUUUACAUUAAUAAUUAAUUUUUAGCGACAUAAAAAACAUGUAGAACUUGAACAAAAAAAAGAUAAACAGGAUUAUCCUGCUGAAAUACUCCAGCAAUUUCCGAAUUUACGAUUAUCCAAAUCAACGGGUAAAUAAUAAAUUAUAAGAUACUAACUGUGUAACUAAAUUAAACAAUUUUUAUGAAUAUAAUGUGUAAUUGAUUUCAGACAGGGUCAGUUAUGAUUUAUCUGAGGUUCCAUCUAUAUUUUUGGAACCUCAUGUUGAUCUCAGUAAACCUGAAACUUUUUUUACCGUAUUUCCCAAUAUUUUUCUCAUGUCAGAUACCCAUGCUAAUAUCUCGACGGCCAAUAUUAAGAUAUCAGAUAAAUCUAUUCAAGAAAAGGUAAUUGUGUUUUUUUUUUUUAUUUAUUUUGUUUUUGAUUAACUUGUGUAUUGUUUUUUUUUUUAGUUGAGCCAAUAUUUAGAUACUGUUGAAGUAAAAAUUGCUCAACAAGUAAGCUCAAAAUCAGAAGGAUUUUUUCAUACUAUGACAUCACAUGACACUGUUAUGGAGCAAAUACGCCAAUCAAUUCAAUUAACUCAAAACUUACGGUAUGUACAUACUUUAUACUAUGUUAAACUAAUAGUCUGCUUUUGAUGAUGAAUACUUUUUUAAUUGUUCCUUUGGAAUAUUGAAUAAUACGUAUUUACAAAGUAAUAAAUGUUUAUAAAUUAUUUUUAUUAAGACUUAAUGAAUAUAACAUUUUUUUUAGUACUAAAAUUAGACAAGUGGAUGAAAAAGUUGUGUCAAAAUCGAUGGCAGUUUUAAAAUAUAGCACUUCUAUUUUAAACCAUAGUGAUGUUAUUGAAAAGGUAUAAAUAUAAAAAUAUAUUAAUAAACUUUUAUCAUUUAGACUAGUUGAUUGUAGAGCUUUUAAUAGUGUAAAUAAUUUACUAUUUAUUGUAAAAAUUUUUACAUAUAUCAGAAUUGUUUUUUUAGUUGAAAUUAAUGGCUACAGUAUAUCACACACAAACAACAAUACAAGUGUUGUUGUCAGCUGCUGAUUAUGUUGCUGCUUUAGACUUAAUUUACACCACUAAAGAUCUAUUGUCUAAAGAACUUUCUGGGGUACAUUGUUUCAGGUGAUCAUUAGUAAAUAUAUUUAUAAAAUUGAUUGAAAAUUUUAGUAUAAUUUUAUAUUUCGCAUAAUAAUUAAUUAUAGUAAACAUUUUAAGAGGAUGCUAUACUUGCAUCUACUGUCUCAGUCCAACUACCAGGUAACAUGUAAAAAAAAAAUGUUUACACGGAAUAAGUAAAACUAAUUUUAUUUUAUGUUAGAGUAAAAGAGUACCUAUCAUGAAAUUUAUAAAGAACAAUAUUUUGGAUGAAAUGUUUUAGGGAUUUUUUAUUAUUCAAAAUAUUCAGUUCAAUAUAAUUGAUAUAAAAACCUUUAUUUUUCUUUUUUAAAUAAUUGUAACUUUUUUAAUAGUUUAUAAUUCAAAAAAAAACCCAUCAUUUUCCCUCUAAAAUAUUGUUCUCCAUACAUUUUAUAUUAGGUACUUUAACUUUAAAAUCAAAAUUAAGCUAGUUUUACUUAUUCUGCGUAAGCAUUGCUUUUGUAUGUCACCUGGUAGUUGGACUGAGACAGUAGAUGUGGUUAUAACAUUCCUUUUUUGUUUGAAUAAUUAUUUUAGGUAUUUGACUUCAGAAUUAAAUGAAAUAAUUAAAAUGAUAGAUGCAUUAAUGGCUGGUGAAUUUGAAAGAUGUUCAUCAGCAGAUCUUAAUCGACCAUUAGUAGGAACUGAUACAGAAGUAUUAGAAAAAGUAAGGUUUUCUUUUUAUAUUGUAUAACACAAAAUAUAAUUUCUUUUUUUAUUUAGGACAAACUAUUUUCAAUACUUCUGGGGAUGUUGCGCCGAAAAAAUUGGGCAUUCUUGGAAGCAUAUAGUAAAGAAUGUGUUGCAGCAAUUAGUGCAGCAAUUAAAAAGAGUGUUAUAGAUACAGUUGCAAAUAGUGAUGUUGAUCAUCAAGUCAGUCAGUCUUCAAAUUUAGAAAGUUAUUUACAUUGUUUAACUGCUAACGAGUGGCUAAAUAUGUUAGAAGACUGUUCAUAUACUUUGUCUCUUCUUUUACGAAGAAUAAAGGUCAGUAGAUAAGCCAGUAUUUCAAUAAAUAAAUAUAUUUACAAAUUAUAUAAUGUAUGCAUAUUAUAAUCAAUAAUAAAAUGAUUGCAUGGUACUAAGUAAAUGUACAGGAUGAUUCACUAAGUGUGCUCGCCCCUUUUUUCCAGUUACAUUUGGUAUAAAUAAACUGAGUAUUACUUUAAAUACAUUUUGGUGUCAACAAUAGAUUUCCAUUAAUUUUUGACGAAUUGCACUUUUAAGUUUGGGUUGGAGGACAGUAGCGGAUUAUCAUUUGUAUGGCGCCAAGGCACACAAUGUUUUAUUAGUGCUCCACUACUCUUCCCCUACCUAAACUUAAAAGUGAAAUAUCUCAUUAAUGGUAUGAUGGAAAUCAAAAAUUUUAACAUCAAAAUAUAUUUUAAAUAAUACUCCAUCUAUUUAUAGAAUUUUUAAUAUAGGUUUUCAUUUGAAAAAUCAAAGUUGGUGUCACCAUAAGAUACUUCUUAAAUGUUGUGAACAAUUUUACUAUUCAAAAAUAUCGGCUUUAACUACGUUUUACAAUUCCAAAAUUCAUAAUUUGAAUAAUUUAAACAAAAAAAUGGGGUGAGUAUUUUUAGUGAGUCACCCUUUUAUUUUAAUAUUUUUGAAAAACUUGAAGGUAACUAUUUUUUAGAGGUAAUUCUUCUAAAAAAUGCUGACGUAUCAACUUUUUAUACAAUUUGUGAUUUUUAUUAAUUUUUUAAAGCUCCAAAAAUGUACAGUUAAUUAGCCUUAAUAAUAAUAAUCAAUUAGUGAAUGUGAUUACAGCUCACUGAAUAAUUAUUGGUACCAUUGUCUGAACUUUAGAAAAUUGUUAAAAAUUAAGAAUUUAAUGAAAACAAAAAGUUAAAAUGUAAACAUUUUCAGAAGAAUAAACUAUAAAAUGUAUUUCUUUAAAUUUUUUGAAAAUAAUAAAAUAAAAAGUUAUUUUUACUAAAACAAGCAAAUUAAUUGAACUAUAAUAAUUAUUUGUAGUCCUUAUCCUCUGUGGGUAAUAUAAAAAACCAAACAAACAGAAUUUGAUUAGUCGAAUAUAUUAUAAAAGGUAUAUUUUCAUGGGACAUACUGUGUAAUACAAUAUGAUACAAGCUUAAAAAAUUGUAUAUAUAUUUCAUACAAUUAGGUAUAUAUAAACUUAUUUAUAGUAUUAUUAAUUAAUUUAAGACAUUUUUUAUUUGAGGAUGAUAUAACAAUAAUCUAUACAUUCGCCAAAAUAUCACUUUUAAAUUCUAAGCGGAACAAGAAAUGUAUUAGUUUUACAAUGAUUAUUUAAUUUUCUAUUUUUUUUUCUGUGAACAAUUUUUUUACCAGAAAUUUUGCUUCGAUUUUCUAGUGUAGCACAUUCUGAAAGGAAAUUUGUCUAUGGUUUUCAUAACAAAUGGGGGAAAAAAAUUGGAAAAUGUAUGUAUUAUUUUCAAACUACAAAUAUUAUGGUCUUUCAAAAAAAUAUGUAACCAAACUUUGCUCAUAUUCGUUUUUCGUUACCAAAGAUUAAUUGUUAUGUAUUGAUAUAAAAUAAAUUUUUGUACAUCUGAAUCUACAAUCAAAGUCAAGAAAAUAGCAGAGAUAAUAUGGUUGAACUCUGUAAUAACAUUUUUAUUCAGCAAAAAACACGUAAUAGUAGGAGAGAUAAACAAUUUAGAAACAAUUUUAUCCCAAAAUUUAGACCACUUACAGAUUUUACACUUUAAAAAUCACAUCCAACAAAAAUUACUACAUAAGAAAAAUGAGAAAUAGCAUAGGGUAGAUGAUAAAAUUAAUAUUUCAGUAGCACAAAUUACACAGAAAUUACAAUUUAAAAACCAGCAUACUUUUCAACCAAGAAUUACUUAUUUAACUACAUAGUUUUAAUCAAAAUCAAACAAAAUAAAACUUAUUAAACGGAACUAAUAUAAACUACAAAAAUAAGCCUGAUAAAAUAUUAAAACAAAAUAGUGGAUAAAUUAAAAACAAUUCAGAAAUAGUUCUGGUAGAUAAAUCUAAUGCUAUUUUUAUCAUUUAUACUAAUGAAAUUCAUAAAAAAAACUUAAGAUUUUAUAAAUAAUAAAAAUGUUCAAAACUUAAUAUACGACCCAACUAUAAUUUAUACUAAACAAAUUAAUAAACUGAUAAAAAAUUUGAUAGAAAUCAUAUGUAAAUUCCAAAAGAUAAUAUUAUUGAAAUCUGAUUAUGAAAUAAAGGCUCUAUACUUACAUCCAUUCAUAAAAUUAUAUAAAUAAGAUAGUCUAAUUCAUCCAUUAUUUAACUUGAAAAUUGCUCCAGCUUAUAACCUUACUAAAUAUAUUUAGACUCUCUUAUAAAAAUAAAAUUAAACAUGUAUACUUCUAUAAAAAACACUUAUGAUUUUAUUGAUAAAAUUAAUAUUGUGCCAGGUUACAAAAUGAUUUCUCUUGACGUUAAAAAUUUAUAUAAAUCCAUUCUUAAACACGAAACAGAAAGUUUUUUAAAAAAUAAACUUAUUCAUAGUAAUAAAUUUAAUUCAAACGAAGUACAAAUGCUGCCCCUAAUUCAAAUUGUUUUAAACAUGUUUUAGAAAAUAACCAUAAUAUAAUUUUUGAUAUUAAUACGACUUAGACAUAUUAAAAUACCCAAAAUAACAUUCACAUUUAUUCAGUUUUAGAAGAUUUACACGUAAACAAUUAAAUAAAAAAAAAAUAAUUUUAAUGUUCAAACCAAUUUUAAAAUUAAUAUCUUAUUUUAUUUAAAAAACAAUAACCAAAUAAUUUAUUUUUUUAAUAUAUUUAUGUCUAAUAAUAACUAAUUUUAAAUAAUCUCUCCUAUUAAAAUAAAUUAUUUCUAUAGUCUAUUUAAAAUGACCAAUUUGUAAAUUUUUUUUCUUUGUAUUUCUUCUAUUAAUUUUUUUAUAUUUAGUCGGAUUUUACAUUUUGACUGUGAUAUAACUGAUGAUGAAUUUUUAAUUUCAAAAAUUUAUAAUACACUUAUUUUACAUUUUUUAUUUCUAUAUUUAUUUACUACAUUUAAUAAAUUUCUCUUCUACUUUCCCAACUUUUCACCUACAACUGUAGUCCACCCAUUGUGCGAAGUAUGUCUGUUUUUUAAAAGGAAAUUUUAAAUACUUAAAAAAAUCUUACUAUUUUUAGUAAAAAAAUUGUAUAAUCCAUUUUAAUACUAUUAUCCUUUAGUAUAAAUGAGAUAUUUAAAUUAUUUCUGUAUGAAGAUUAUAAUAUUGUGAUAAUACCUAAGUAUUGAAACAUUUAUACUUGAACGAAAAGUGCAUAUUUUCAGAUUAAUAGUUUCAUUAGUUAUUUAUUUUAAAUCUAUAAUUUUAAGGUACUUCAUGAAAAAAUCGGGCUAUUUUUACUAACUGAAAGAGAGUUUUUGGAUAAAAACAACAUCUUAGUAAAUCUAAUUCUUCAUACUACAUUCAGAAUCUAGAAUAUUUAAAAAAAAAAAAAUAUUUUAAAAUCAUUAUACUUUUUCUAAAGAAUAAAUGUAAUUCAAUAAAAUAAUGAUAGUAUACAUUUUUUUUUUUUGAACUUUGAUUUAAUAUUAAUAUUUUUAUAUUUUAGGCGGGAUAUAUUAUUAUGCAACAUGCUCUUAAUGUCAGCGCCAACAAAUUAAAUACUCACGACAAUAAUACGAUAGAGUAAGAAACAUUGGAUUGUUAAUUUAUUUCAGUGACAUAAAUAAAAUCUAUUUUAGUUUAGAAGAUCCUUCAUUUGACAUUAAUCUAAGUGAAGAAGACUAUUCCAAAGUCAGAGUUAAGUUGAUAAAUCUUUUAAAUUCUGUAACCAAAUAUGCUGUUGAAAAAUAUGCUCAAUUAGUUACUAAACGUUCUAGUGCCAAGUAUGUGAUUUUAUUAUAAAUAAAUUCAUUUAAAUUACAAUUAAUAAUAGUUACUAUCUUAAUAUUGAAUUUAUGCCUGGUAUAGUGCUGAGAGUGAACAAGUGAAUGGUAAUACUGAACAAUUCAAUGGAGAUGAAGAAUCUAGUAAUUAUUGUUUGUCAGAUCAAAAACAAUUAAUGCGUUUAUCUGAAUGUGUAAAACAGUUGAGUGAUAGUUAUGUAGAAGUAUGUUCUAAUCAAGAUGUAGGCUUUAAAAUAUUGCAGACUGCGAUGCAAUCAGAGGUUGUAUUCUAGAACCAACAAUAAACUAUUUGCAUUAUAAAUUCACUAAUUAUAAUGUUUAAAACUGUAUAAUAUAUUUCAGGCUAACAACUUUAUUAAAAAAUUUCAUAAUGAAAAAAUUAAUAAAUUAAAAUUGCUUUUGGACAGUGAAAAUUGGCGGCAAAAAGUUGUUCCAUUGGAAUUUCAAAAUUUAGUUGAAUGUAUUCAAAAUACUGGUAUUUAUGUUUUGGAUUAUUUAAGUGGGUUUAUUGUUAGAAUGUAUUUAAGUGUUUUGUAUGGUUAUGGUAAUAUUUAAUAAUUACUUAGUGUUUAAAAAGUAUUUGACUUUAAUUGCUUCUAAGAAAUAAAAUGAUAACAUGUUUCUGUGUGUGGAGGAAUGAAAGGAACUGUUAUGUGCAUAUGUGAAUUUGAUCUGGCCUGUAGUGUAUUAGUCAUUGACAACUGUUAUCCUAUGAGUGAAUUAUAUGAUAUUAUCAGUUUGGAAAAGCUAUUUAAAAAACUNAAUAUCCAGGUAAUUUGAGUUUGGUUUUUUUAAUUAGUUGUUUUAAUUAGUAAUACAUAUUUUCAUCCACUCUCAGAACUUUUUAUUGUUGAUUAGAUAUGCGCAUGUACAAUACAACUAUUUUUUUUUUUUUUUAAUUGGCAACUCCCCUUUUUAACUAUUAGCUAAUUUUAAAUUCUGAGCGGCCCAAGAAAUGUAUUGGUUUUUUUCUGUGAACAACUUUUCUAUUAGAAAUUUUGUUCCUAUAAUCCAGUGUGUGGUCUUUCAGGGAGAUAUUUUUUUUAUUUUCCCAGUGGUUUUCUUAAUAAAUCAAAAAAAUGGAAAAAUGUACGAAAUGUAUUAUUUUCAAAUCUUAAUAAUUAUGGGGUUUCAAAACAUGUAUUACCAAAUUCCACUCAGAAUCAUUUUUUGGUAAGAAUGAUUAAUAACUGCUGUAUACCUUAAAUUUCUCCUCUACCUCCUCAUCUUCUCACCUAUAACAGUGGCCCAUCCAUUGUAUGAAAUAUGUCAGUUUGUUUUUUUUUUUUAUGAAUUUUAGUGAUCAAACUUUUUUAAGUCCAAUAUUAACUAAGCUGUGGAAAUGUACAUGUAUGCAAUAUUUUUAAAUAUGAAAGUAUUAUAAUUUAAGUAUGACAACUAUAAGAAAAAACAAAAUUCAAAUUUCAUGGCUCUGUGAACAGUUAUUGAUAGUUUUCAAUUAGUAUUUUCACACUGUGUAUAUGUAUAAUUUGAUAUUUUGCAAAAUAACAGAAUUACUAGAAUAUGAGCUUUGCAUCAAAUUAUAUUCAAAGAUUUAUUUGAAAGAUUCAGUAAGCUUUUGGUGAUGUCAUAAGAAUUUCACAGUUUAAGAGAUAUAAAUGGUUCAAUGGCCAAGUAUGUGUUGAGUGACUCAUAUUUCAAGAAGGCUCCUCAAACUAGCCAAAUUAACAAGGUUAUUGAUUAAUUAAAGGCAUUGGUCUUGUAGGAUUGCUAGAAGGUAGAGUUUGAAAAUAAAGUGAUUACUGUAACUGACAAUUUAGCUUUCGAAAGUGUCCACAGAAUUGGUAGUUACAUCAUGCCAAUGUACUAACUCAUUCUUCAAUUUAAAUGUAUACAUAUCUAAACAAAGUUUCAAGAGUUCCUUGACCCCUGAGAAAGUUGUAUUAUAUUCAAAAGAGAUAGUUACGAAGGAGUUUAAGUUUUCUGCUUCCAAAUAAGGUUUUUUAUUUAAAUUUUUUAAACAAAUGGAUUGGAUAUUUUUUUAAUACACUCUUGGUGCUUUUUAAAUGAAUAUUUUUUCACUCCAAUGGAUUACACUAUACAGUUACAACAUACAUAAGAUUGUAUUUUUUCUAUUAAGUUUUACUUUGUUAAUAUUUUGGAUAUUUAAUAUACAAUAUUCGAGGUUUGAGAAAUACUUAAUGUUACUAAAUUCAAUAUGACUUGCAAAUUUAGUAUUCUUAUAAAAUAUAACAGUUUCUUAAAUUCAAAUUUGAAUACAUGUAUUUAGUCCAAAUGAAUAUUAAAGGGGUUAUUGAUCAAUGUAAUAUAUUAUUAAGUUAAAUUUGUGUUAUUUAUGUUUUGCUAAUGAUUAAUUAAUUUAAAAAUAUUUAAUAAUAUAAAUUUGUAAUCUAUUAUUUCUAUUACAUGAUUACUUUUAAUUAUUCUAAAGUAUAUUCAUGUUUAAAAAAUUAAUUUACUAGUUACUUCAUUAAUAAGUUGUUAAUCAAGAAAAAAAAAGUACUUAGUUGGUUUUUUUAACUUUAAUUUAAUACUAUUAUACUUAAUCAUCAUGAUAAAUCCAAAUAAAAAAAAAUGUCUAAUACACAAGAAACUUGUUGGUAUAAGCCGGUGUAAAUUUCCCCUUGAAAAUCAAAUGAGUGUGAAUUUGAGAAAUUUUUUGGAGUAACUGGUGUUAACAUUAAUGACACUGGUUUGAUUGUUCUGCACCAUCAUAUGUAAACUGGUUUCAUAUCCUCUAAUUUCUCCUUUGAAAUAAUAAAUGAACAGAUAAUUGAUAAUAAUAAUAAUUUAAUUGAUAACCUAUUCAAAUUGAUUUUUAUUAAGUACUUAUUAGCGGGAAAUGCACUAAUAAUGCACUAAUAAUUUAAAUUAUUGUUAGUAUUAUCAUUAUUAAUUUUGAACAGUUUUGGACAGACACCAAUUUCCAUUGUCGAAUCUAUAUUGGUGUAAAAUAAUUGGUAUUGAGUGUUAGUAAACAGGCACAAAAUGUAUUGGUACACCGGUUUGUACCAACAAAUUUGUAGACUAUCUUACAUGAUUGAGUAUAAAUUAUAGAUACUUAUAUAAAAUUAUUUAUAAAAUAAUAAACUGUUAAUUAGUAUGGCUUAUAUUUGUAGGUCAUUUUUCAAUGCCUAAAGCGUUGACAUCUAAGGGAUCCACAAAACCUGCUCAGAUAUUGAAUGUCAAUGAGGAAAGUUUUGCAGUAGUUGGGUAAAUAUAUUUGUAUUAUAAUAACUAUAAUGUAAUAUAAAUAAUUUACACUUUUAGGACUGUAUUGCUUUUAAUUCAAAUGGUAACUGAGUACUGUAUCAAGGCUGAUGAGAUAAAUUUAGCUGCUCAGAGUUUACUGCGUUAUGUAUGUGACAUAUUAAGAGAGUAUAAUUCCACAUCAUAUCAUUUAGUACUUCAAGCAAAGGCAAUAUCAAAUAAGACUGGUCUAAAGAAAAUAACAUGCACAAACUUGGUGUUGUCACUUAGAGCUCUACAAUUAUUAUUAUGGAUUGUGCCUUACAUAAAAAUACAUUUUUCUAGUAAUUCUUUAUGUUUUCUAUUUAUUUGUAUUUCUAACUGUGUACAAAAUAAUAGAAUUAUAAAAAUCUUUUACUAUAUUUUAAAUUGAAUUUGUAGGGUUUUUAGAAGAAACUCAAGUAAAUGCAAUAUUAAAUAGAGUGAAAAAUGAUAUAACUAAACACAUUAAAGAUAUUCAAGACAAACUGCAUGAUAUUGUUAAACAGAUAAUCGUGCAGCAAAUGUCUAGUUGGGAGGCUAAACCUCCUAUUCCGUCCAAAUCAUUUCAAAAUAUUUGCAAGUACGAAAAUUAUGUUUACUAUCAAUAAAUGUAUUGGUUUAAAACUAUAUUGGUCCUUUUUAUUGUUUACACAGACAUAUAUGUAAACUUCAUGAGGCUAUAGAAAGUAUAUUGCCAAAAACUCAAAUUCAAUACUUAUAUAGACGAAUACAUAUAACAUUUAAAGAAAUUUUACACGAGUGUGUAAAAAAAAUGGACAACACUAACAAUGAUGGGCCUUUACAAGGGUAAUUUAAAUAUUUAUGUUCAUUAUGUUUAAUAUCUUUUCUAGUACUAUAACAUAGUUUAUUUCUUUAUAAUGUGGUUAAUAUAUUAGUUGUAUAAUAAUAUAUUUAUUGUUUUUAUUGUUUUUUUAUUUUUAUUUUGUUUAGAAUUGUGUCAUCUGAAUUAAUGUUUUACAUUAAAUCAUUAAAAAGCAUAGACGCAUUACCUGAAAAAGAAAUUACUAUAGAGUCAAUGAAUGAUAUAUGGAAUGAAAAUUUCUCUACGAACAACGGUCAGUAAUAAAUUUACAUGGAAAAAAUUGAGUUGAACAAAUUUGUACCUACUAUUUAAAGAAUAUAUUAUCUAUGUUUUAAUAAAUUAUUUUGCACUAUAUAAUAAUUAAUAUAAAAAUAACAAUAAACCAAAUUUAAAAUUAUUCAAUAUCUUGUAACAGUUUCAUACAUUUGUAUUGGAUUAUUUAAUUUUUAUUAUUUUUAGAAUAAAAUAAUUUUUUUUUGGUUUAUUAGUAUUUUUAUUCUGAUAGGGGCAUAGUUAUAUAAUAAUCUUACAACCAUCAAUUAUAAAAUUAUAUUUAUUUUUGUUUUUUAUUAGUUAUUAUUAUUAUUUUCUUUUUGGGUAUUUAUUUAUUAUUGGGAUAUUUGUAAGAAUAUUAAUAUUAAUUAUUAUUGUUUUUUAAAAAAACACUCUUUUUACUAUUUUAUAAUUUUAGUCAGUUGGUAUCAUUUUGUAAGACUGAAUAUGCUUGGUCAUUAAAAAAAUAAAAUAAAAAAUUAUUGGCCUAUAAAGCAUACUAAUAGAAACUCAAAAUUCUAUUGCCUAUGAUUAAAAUAAUUUUAAUAGUGAAAUUAUUGGAUAAUAUUUUUCUACAUUUCAUUAUUUAUUAUUAUCAGUUUACUACAUUAAUGUUCAACAACUUUUUUACAACUUUGACUGAGCAUAAAGUAUGAUUCAUAGUUAACAGAAUAAUAUUAUAGUGGUUUAUUAUUAUGCUCAAAAGUACUCGAUUAGGAAUAACAUAUAAAGCUCUACAAAAGCA